AUGACUGAAGAGGAAACUAUAUGUGAUCGCACUUAUCGCGCUUAUGAAAGACAGAAAACCAAGCCGGAUAAAUCAGAGAGUUGCUCGUUGCCAAGGCAUUCUAAACGGGACCACAAGGUACAUGAAUAUUGACUUUAUAUCAUAUAUUUUGAGCAAUAAAUCGAUGUUUCAUUGAAUUCAGAUUAGUUGUGAUGGGGCUUUUAAUUUUAUACUCUACCUGUCAAAUUUCUUACGUGGGAAUAAUACUCAGAGAGAGCCUGUGAUGACAGAAAAAUUGACUAUACUCAAUUUUUAUCGGAACAUUUUAAUCCAUUCAACUUAUUGUAAACUCACAAUCUAUAAUGCACCUUAGUUUACUGGAUAGGUAAGUCUUCCCCCAAAGAUUAUCGUACAUUUGUGCACGUAAUUCAGCCAACAACACUUUUGCACCUGUUCUUACUUCAUGAACUAAUUUUUAUAUAAAUAUAGUCCGGGGCUGUCAGCCCCCCACGUCAUCAAAUAUUAAGAAUUGAUAGGGAAGGAAUGACAGAUGACGUCAUAUCGCACGACAAAUGAUGUCAUUUGUGCCAAAAAUGCUCUUUGAUUUUGAUUGACGUAUAUCGCACAUAUAAACAGUUCAAUUUAUUUUGAGGAAACGUUCCAUGUUAACAGUAGCUCAAACAAUGCAAAAUAUUUGAAAUUUUAUGGUCGGAGAGUCGAGUCUACAAGAAAUAGCAACUUUGGCGAUUAUCUGGGAGAUAUCAGACUCUAAUCUGGAGACCGGGAGAUACAGUCUAAAAUCUGGAGUCUCCCAUUUUCCACACCUGUUUCCAGAUGACUUGGGGGAGGUCACAAAAUAUAAGAUACAUGUUUUCAUAGGCAGAAAUCAUGCCAUCUUUACUAGAUUAGGUCGCCAACAAAAAGAUUUGAAUUCGCAUUUAUUUCUGUUUCUUAUUCAUUUAGAAUUGAAAUAACAAAUACGUUCAUACAUUCCCAUUAUAGUUCCCUACCAGAUUCUAGACCAAAAAGGGCAAAGUCUCUCGCUGUUUUCAGACCGAAACAGCCCAAAAACCCUACCCUGUGAGGUGGCUCAUACCUAGUAUAUGGCUUAUAUAACGGAAUGUCCCUGGGAUUACUGUAGGCUUCUCUUUAAUAAUUUGCAAUAUUUCGUUAUUUUUCAGCCUUCUGAUGCCCAUUUUUUGUACAGUCAGUUAGGAAGAGUUGUAAUUAAACGGCACACUUACUUAACUCCUGUAACACAUGCUACCUACCCUUGGAAUCAUGCUCACCCUUCAGGGAGAAAAUCAGCCUUUAAGAUGCCAAAAACUGUUUAUCCAAAGAGAUGA